AUGGCCGAGAACAAGAGCGAGAAUGUAGCCCGAUUAGCUUCCUUGUCGCCUCUGGCCAAAAGCAGCUCCGACUCAGACGUAUCGCCGGGCACGCGAACGCCCUCGGCUCCGACCGACUAUUUCUCGGUCAAGCCCGACACCCGUGCGAAACGAGACAGCUACCAGCGAUCAAAUGGACGAUCGCCCCCGUCUGCGACCGCGUCGACCGAUGCCAGCACCACCACGCUGGCCUCAAUAUCCGAAGAGGGCCAGGUGGGCAGCUCGCAGUACUCGUCCAACGACAGCUUCGACCGGGCGCAGGUGCCGUCCAGAAAGUCCUCUUCGGCAUCUGUCACGUUCCGUCCACCACGCAAUCCGUCUCUGCCGCAGGGUAACCCGCGUAGGACCGAUAACCGGCGACUUCGCGAGUCGUCGCCUUCUCCAGUGAGCCGUCUUCCCCAUUCCGACGCGGUGCAGCAUCAUAUCUGGAAAUCUCCAUGUGAUUGCGGCCCGCGCCCCUGUGCUGUAACCCAGGCCUAG